GGCCCGAUUCGCUUCGAUUCGACUCGACUCGUGCGUCGAGAGAGCGGCCGCAGGGCAGAUCGAAAUCGUGGGACGAGGCGGAAGAGGCGAGGAAGCGCACGAAGAAGUCGAGCGUUUCCGGCUCGGGAAGAUGCACAAGAGCAGCGUCUCCUUGGUCUCUCGUGCUUCGCUGUCGGGCGCCACACAAAAUGCGCGUGCUAGCACUUUUUAAUCUAGCCCAGCGGCCGGCUUUAGCCUCUUGUGUAGUGUCGGCUGCGCCUCGUGCUUCUAGAAAAGUCGAGCCUCGCGCGGGUGCAACGAGCUCAGGGAGGGGAGCGUUUUUUUAUUUAUUUAUUAUUGUUUUUUUUUUUAUUUCGCUCCUGUGUUGCGACCUCAGAUUCGGGCGAUGCGGGCGGCCGGGCUGGAAACGUGCAGCUGCGGCGCUUCAGCUCCCGUUGUGGCCGUCUGCCUCGUUUUCGUGGUUGCGCCAAUCUAAUCCAAACCAAUCCGGUGCGGUGCGAGACGACGAUAGCGCAGUCGCUGCUGGCUUCUCAGUGAGAGUAGUGCUACAGAGCCAGUCUAGUGACAGAGAGAGAGAAUAAGGGCCAUAUAAUAUCAAUAAUAAUAAUAACAAAUAUAAAACAAUUACUUGGUAUGAGCGACGGCUGGAGAAGGACACCGGGAGACGCGGCUGCAG